AUGGCCCAUGACCAGCUUGAUGUGUUGACGGCUUUCCUGUAUGGCGUCAUGAAGGAACAAGUGUUCUGUGUGAUUCCUGAAGGCGUCAACCUUGAUAGUACGUUCGACUGCCUGGAAUUGGUGAAGUCAAUUUACGGCCUCAAGCAAGCGUCGCGAGUGUGGAACGAGACGUUCGACGAGUAUGUGUGCUCCAUUGGAUUCCAAGCGUCGUGA